GCGCCAAAGACGUUCAAAUUCGACCACGUGUUUGGCGCCGAAAUCGGACAGGAAGCAGUGUAUGAUGCGGCCAUUGCGCCGCUGCUUGCACGCUUUGUCGAGGGCUACAAUGUCACGGUGCUGGCCUACGGACAAACAUCGUCGGGAAAAACAUUCACGAUGGGCACGGACUCGGAGCCGGAGGACGAUGAGUCUACGGGCAUUGUGCCGCGCGCCCUCAGAUGGCUGUUCUUGUGGGUGCAGAGUCAGACAGACAUCAACGUGAGUGUGUCAUUUAUCGAGGUGUACAACGAAGAGCUCAUUGACCUGGUGGCCUUGACGCAGUACCGCGGCGUGAGGCCGCCGAUUUUUGUGCGCGAGGACAGCAAGGGCAUUAUCCAAUGGGUUGGAGUCAAGGAGUUGCGCGUUACCGAUGCGCGCGAGGCUCUCGCCCUGUUAGUCGCCGGCUCGCGCGAGCGGCAAACUGGCGGUACCCGCAUGAACGGAAAGUCCUCGCGGUCGCACGCUAUCUACUCUGUGUCGCUCACCCAGACUCGCUCCCGCACAGGUACUGGCCCGGUGCAGAUUGUAUCCAAGUUGCACUUUGUCGAUUUGGCCGGCUCCGAGCGCCUCAAGAAGACGCUGGCCGAGGGUGACCGCAAGCGGGAGGGCAUUUCGAUCAAUUCAGGGCUGCUGGCUCUGGGCAAUGUUAUUUCGGCACUUGGCGAUACCGCACGCAGCACCUCAGGGCCUGCUCAUGUGCCGUAUCGCGACUCCAAGUUGACCCACAUGCUGAGGGACUCGCUGGGCGGCAGUGCUCAGACGCUGCUCAUUGCGUGCGUGUCGGCUGCCGAGGCUAAUGCCGCUGAGACCAUCAACACGCUCAGGUACGCGACGCGCGCGCGCAACAUCAAGAACUGCGGUGGUGUCAAC